AGAGUUCAAGUGCCAAAAGGCAGAAAAGGUCUUUGCCGUAUAAUCAACAUUGAAUAUUUUUAUUUCGUGUUUAUAAACUUGUAUAACAAAAAUAAAAAAUGACACGCCAUGCAAGGAACUGUACCGCCGGAGCGGUAUACACAUAUCACGAGAAGAAAAAGGACGCGGCAGCGUCAGGAUAUGGGACUCAAAGCGAAAGAGUCGGCAAGGAUUCUGUAAAAAGUUUCGACUGCUGCAGCCUGACUUUGCAGCCUUGCAGAUACCCUGUUGUGACCAAAGAAGGCUAUUUAUUCGAUAAAGAAGCGAUAUUGGAGUAUAUUAUAUCAAAAAAGAAUGAGUACAACCGAAAAUUAAAGCAAUAUGAAAAGCAAUUGAAGAAGGAGGAAAAUGAAAUGAAAGAGCUCGCAGCAGCUGAAAAAGAGUCUAAUUUAAUCAAAUUCAUGAGCAGGGAGAAGAACAUUUCACAUUCUAGUAAAUCUGACAACAGCGCUCCUUCAGCCUCUGUAUCAAACCUUGCAAAUGGUAAACACAAGGAGUUGCCGAGUUUCUGGGUGCCCUCACAACUUCCCGACGCUAAAAUCUCCAAAAUCGAGAAGCCAGACCCUACAGUUUACUGCCCAAUAAGCGGCAAGCCUCUCAAAAUGAAAGAUUUGAUUGAAGUCAAAUGGACGCUGGUAAAUGACCCUGAUGAUAAGAAAUCUCUUAUUGCUAAAGAGAAUCGAUACAUGUGCCCUAUUACACAUGAUAUUUUGAGUAAUGCAGUACCUUGCGCUAUUAUAAGAACAAGUGGCCACAUCAUAACUCUGGAGUGUGUAGAGAAAAUCAUCAAGAAAGAUUGGAUCAACCCUCUCACAGGUGAAAAGCUCAAAGAAAAGGACAUCAUUCCUCUGCAGCGAGGAGGCACUGGCUAUGCUCUGACCAAUCAAAACCUGGAGGGCAAGAAUGAGAGACCUGUGUUGCAAGCUUAGAUUUAGUGUAAUUAGGGUAAAAUAAACUAAUUUAAUUUGUAAAAUUAUAAAAUUAGUAAUUUU